AGGCCUGCAGGUGGCCAUGUCUUUGCCUGCCCACUGUUGUCUCCAGUGUGUGUGUUCUACCCUCAGGAACACUGGUGAGCUUGUCUGUGGUUGCAUGUGGGGGGAGAGGUGGGGCCCCGCCCAGCUGUGGGGCUCAUUGAGGGGUCACUGCCUGCAAAUUUCUCUCCAGCUCAGGCCUGGGGUGUCCAUCCAUCCACCCUUCAGAUGAGGACUGUGAACAGGCCAUACAGGGGGCCUCCAGUGGAUGGACGGCCAAGAAGUUAAUGCCCACCACACGACCUCACCCCGGACUCCCUAAGAGGUGGUUAACAGAGCGGCCCCUUCUAGAACCUGCCCAGAAGUUCUAGAACCCGUGCGCGGUCCACCCUGGGCAGUUCCCUGGCCUCGCUGCCCUGCCAGUCGCCUAUGAGCUCCUGCUCCUUCCUGGGCCUGCAGCCCUGGAGAAUUUGCUCACCCAGGUAGGAGCGUCGUUGUGGGCAGUGGGCGGCGGCAGCGGGCGAGCGGCCAGGCUGACCACCUCUGCCUGACGCAGAUCCCUAAGGCCAGGCCCGGCAGCCUGCCCGCGACCUCCAUCGGCUGGCGCUUCCAGCUCUGGUCCCUAGGACUCUCCUGUCCGGAGCGCCACCUGGCCAGGCGCCUCAAAAACAAUAGCUUCUACCCAUUCAUGCAGCAGCAGCCAAACGGUGCGCGCAAGGCUUGGCGGGGCGGGGCGGGUCCGGGGACGGGCCUGAAUAGGGCGGAGCCAGGUGGGCAGAGCCAGGGCCCUGGGCGGGGCCAGUCGGUGCUCCUGGGGGCGGAGACACCUCAGGCGAGACACCGCCUCCCCUAGCCCUGCGCGGACCCAGCCAGUCAGGGCCAAGCCCUGGCACCGCCACCCUCGGCUGCGGGCAGGGCCGGGGCGUCCUCAUGCGCCGCGCCGCCCCCAGUGUUCGUGCUCGAGUACUACUUGGACACGCUGUGGAAGGGGAUGCUGCUCUUUGUCGUCUGCGUGGUCCUGGUCAGCUUGGGCUCCCUGAGAGAGGUGUGAGCCCCUGGGCCCGACCCCCAUCGCCCUCCUCCCCCAAGGGCCGGCCUCGCGCAGCUCAGCACAGACGCUGCCUGCGGCGCCCGCAGGUACAGAAGCAGGAGACCUGGGUCUUCCUCGCGUACGGCGUGGGCGUGGGCCUGUGGCUCGUGAUCUCGUCGCUGCCGCGGCGCCGCCUGGUGCUGAACCACACGCGCGGCGUGUACCACUUCUCCAUCCAGGGCCGCACCGUGUGCCAGGGCCCCUUGCACCUGGUCUACGUGCGCCUGGCCCUCAACUCCGACGCCUACGGAAGGUGCUUCUUCCAGCUGGUCCUCGGCGGCCACAGGUUGGAGCCGCUGGUGCUGGUGCAGCUGUCGGAGCGCUACGAGCAAAUGGAAUACUUGGGCCGUUACAUCGCCCGGAAACUCAACAUCAACUACUUCGACUACCUGGCCACCUCCUACCGGCACGUGGUUCGCCACUGGCCACCCCCUAGCGCCGGUACCGUGAUGCGUAAGAACCCCGCGGGUCACAAGCCCAGCUCCUCUCAGUCCAACCUGGAGGUGUGACACCUGGAGGUGUGACACCUGGAGGUGUGACACCUGGAGGUGUGAUUCUGAGGGCCUCCUCCACCCCAGGACUGCGUUCUCGGUAACCUCCCAGCCCCACUCUGGGGCAGAUCAAAUUGUGAGACCCACUCACUGACCUUCCUUUCAAUAAAGCUGCCUCAGCUUCCA